GUCUGAUAAGAAAGACGAACAAAAACAAAGGGAAAAAUUAAAAAAUAGCCACAACAAAAUUUUAAAAGUUGAAAGCAGAGCGCACUUGCUAAUAUGGCCAACAAUUACCUGCAGCCAGUGAAUGACCAUUUCGACUUUAAUAAGUUAACGGAUGUAGACGAUGACCUGUUUUUAAAGAACAGCACAAGAAGCAGUGCAAACAGGUCACAACGCAGUACCAAUCCUUUUGACGACUUUGACGAUGAAGUGUCCACAACUUCUUCAAUUGAUGCCCAACGCCAGGCGUAUGCACAGAAACGUCGAGAGAUUGAACAACGCACACUGAAGUCAACGGAAACCAGCCUCGGCUUGCUAUACGAGACGGAGGAAGUCGGGAAAGCAACAGCUGUGGAGCUGGCCAGACAGCGAGAGCAGCUAGAGAAGACGUCAAACCAAUUGGAUGAAAUCAACUCUACAUUACGUUUCAGCCAGCGUCACUUAAAUGGACUAAAAAGUGUAUUUGGCGGCCUUAAGAACUACUUAUCAGGCAAUCGAGAUCAGCCACCCACGGCAACUGCCUCGCCCACCGGCAGUCAAGCCUCUCAGGAAACUAACUGCAGUGUCAACGUUGGUGCAACUGCGGAUUUCGCAAAAUCAAGACCAGCCAUGUCGCCAACGGAGCGCUAUAACAAUCAUCCAGUUAGUCACCUACGCGGCGACUCUAGCACCUAUCAAUCGCAACAGAGCAUCGCUAAUCCCUUUCAGCGACAGUUCGAGUCCAAUCUUGAUGAUAUGUGCGAUAAUUUAACGCGUCUCAAGUUCCUGGCUACUGAUUUAGGCACAGAAAUAGGGUCGCAGAACGAAAUGCUGGACAAUAUGAACUACAAAAUUGAAAGCGUUGAUUCAAAGAUGAUUAAGCAAAAUAAGGAUAUGAAUAAGUUGCUGAAAAAAUAAGUGCAGCAUGUAAAUCACUUGAAUUUUUAUUUAAUAUGUAUAUUAAAUUAGCUCAUUAAUAUUGAAUCAUAAUCAUAAUGUAAUCCCUAGUUGAAAUAUCAAUAGUUUUGCCGCCAUCAUUAAAAGCAUUCCUUAUAUUUCGUUAUAAUUUGUAUUAC